CGUGGAGCACACUGGUGGUCUGGCACAUCGGACGACGCGGAACAGUUUUCAUUCGGAGUUCAAGUCCAAGAUACGCGAGGCACACGGUGAUAGGUAUCUCGCUCGACUGUCCCCCCAAACAGCAAACUAGAGAUAGUGAAGUUUUAGGCUGCGCCUCAAGUCUACGCGCGCAGUGACCAACUUUUCGCGGUUCGUUUGGUUUUCGGGCUUGACGCGCGAGGCGGAAGGCAGGAAUUCAUUGAACUUUUUCCCGUAAGUGAGCUGAGUAGCGCGCGCGAUCGACAAACCUGGUUCGUUCGACACGGAAUCAGUUUCACGGGAAGCUCUUGUCGAGAGUCUUGCCUGUUGAGGUUUGUAUAUUUGCCGGUGGCUCUGUGUUAUCAGCAGCCAAGUUUUGUCGUGUGUUGGUGGAAGAUAAAAGUACACGCUUGCCAAUUAUCAAGUCGCGGGUGAACUAAAGGCAGAAACGAAACGAAACGGAAAAAAAUCACCGUUGUUCUUGAAAGGCUUGAAGGUUUGAGCAGAAGCGAAAAAAAUCCAACUCUGUAGUGUGAGCUCGGUGAGCAGUUAAUGAUGAGGUGUUCGGAAUCGUCGUUAUCUGGUUGAAAGAAAAAUUUUCGGUACACCGGUAGUGUUGUUGGUUGCAUUGAGUUGUUUUUACCGUUUUAAGUCAAGAGGAGAAACGGAAAGCUGAAAUUCCUCCAAAGGAACGGGGAGAGAAAUUUCCAUACUUCGCGAGAGCAGUGUGUUUUUGAGUUCUGUGCAUGAAUCAUCGAACUUAAUCUGGCACCGAAAAGCUCCAAACGCAGCGUGUCAGAAUAGAGCUGAAAGUUUUGUUAACCUUCGAUUGCCCAAAAAUAACUGACAAACUUCCCCACAACAACAACAACAAAAAACCCACCCACUCACCUAUACAUACACACCAACCCCCCAACAACACAAUACCACAAGCAACAUGCCUCUGUUCAACAAGAAGAGCGCUAAAAUCUCCAACCCCUCCCCUCCUCUCACCAAAGACCCCCACCAUCCGUUCGAGAACAACAACGGAAGCGGCUAUCCCGGAUCCGGAAACAAUCUGAAGAAUCCUCCGAUCGCAGGUGCAGGAACAACGCCCAUGAUGCCCACGGCACCGCACAUCGACGACCUGAAUGGAAGCCAUGAGAGCAACGUGACCCGGCCCCAGCUGGUCUUCAACUGUCAGCUGGCGCACGGAAGUCCGACCGGAUUCAUCACCGGAUUCGCCAGCGUCAAGGAGCUGUACCAGAAGAUUGCCGAGUGCUACGACUUUUCGCUGGACGAAAUUCUGUUCUGCACUCUAAAUUCACACAAAGUCGAUAUGAGCAACCUGCUCGGGGGCCAAAUCGGACUGAACGAUUUCAUCUUCGCACACCGAAAAGGUCGGCCGAAGGAGGUCGAGAUAGUGAAAUCAGAAGACGCCCUCGGAUUGACCAUCACAGACAACGGCGCCGGAUAUGCGUUCAUCAAGCGCAUCAAGGCCGGAAGUGUCAUCGACCGGAUUCAGCACAUUCAGGUUGGAGAUCACAUCGAGAAGCUGGACGGAAUCAAUGUCGUUGGCAAGCGACACUACGAGGUGGCCCGAAUGCUCAAGGACAUUCCCACGGGAUCGACCUUCACGAUCCGGCUAGUCGAACCGAUGAAGAGUGGCUUCCAGGGCAUUGCGCCCCGGAAGGGCGGUGCCAAACAGACCAAGCAAGGCUACGGCAGUGGCAAGGAAACGCUUAGGUUUAAGUCCAACGGUAAUGCAGCCAUCGAAGACGAGCAUGACGACGCCACUCAAUGUGGAAUAGAUGCCAUCAACUCGCUGUUAGAUUCGUUCAUGGGAAUCAAUGACACGGAACUAGCGACGCAGAUUUGGGACCUAGGCAACAACAAAACCAACUCGAUGGACUUUGCCGAGGCGAUCGACGCAUCGGACCUGGAGGCGUUCGGAUUCACCGACGACUUCAUCAUCGAGCUGUGGGGCGCCAUCACCGAUGCCAGGCAGGGACGCCACAAAAGAUAGAAACCAUACCCCAUCAGGUUCCGAAACCUACACCUCCCUACACAUACAAACACUUACAUACACCAACACACAUACACACAUACAAACUUUCCGCUUCCUUGUUUUGUUUGCGAGAUUGAAGUUUGCGCUGAGGCAUGUCUGGCAGGAAUGGACGAGUAAAAGUUGGAAACCGCAUGUUUAUAUGAAUACCUAUUACUAUUGUUUUUUAAUCUUCGCUUUUCACCACUGAGACAUUCCUUUAAAACAUAAUCCAACAUGUAUUUAGAAAGAAGCUACCUAGGAAAUUCAAGAUAACAGUCGGUUGGCCCGGUUUAGCUGAACCCAUGAGAAGAAAAAUAGCAUUUAUUGUAGCAUGUCAGGAAAACAGAAUUUAAAUGGAAGAACUAGGAACAGAGCUGGUUUUAAGCGAGCCGGAAAGAGAAUAUUGUUUCUUUAAAAAAAAAUAAACUGUUUAAGUACUUAACGACGAGCUUGGAAAGAAAGCUCUAAACUGCAAAAGCAAUGUGAAGUGAUAUAAAUAUUUUUAAUCUUUAAUUCUAAAAAUUAAAUUUAAAAACGAUAAAGACCGCUAACGGAGGGUAGAAAAAAUUUCGAUAAACUGCAGUCAAGGAUGAAGUAGAGGCGUUUUAGCGUAUAUAAAUUUAAUGAUGAUUAAAUAAAAGACGAUCUAGAUAUAGGUGA